AUUACCUCUCCUAUUUUCUUUUCCUUUAUUUUGUCACAACUCCUGUAAAACGACGUGGUUUCAUAGUAUUUAUCCCGUUGAAUCUUUUUUACUUUCUCCUUUUCGUUUCAGCUGCUUCUCAUACCCUCCCUCCCUCUCUCUCUCUCUCUCUCUCUCUCUACCGCCGACAGAAAAAAGCUGUUGUGCACCUCCGUUAGAGGGGUUUCCUAUCCCAGACGCCGUUGUUCUCACGUCUCUCGAUUUCCCUUUGUAGAGCUGCUAACUUGGUGAUGGAUGCCUAUAAGAUGUUUGAUUUAAUAUGUCUGAAGGGUGGCCUUCUCCGUAUAAAGCUCAAAGCACGAGGGUUUAAAUGUGCGCAAACAUGGAUAACGACAAUCACCAAUGGGUUAACUCCUCCGUCAAAAAGCUAAUUUAAUGGAAUGAACGCCUUUCAAGUUUCAUCUAUAAGGUUAUAAAAGCUGUUAGGUGUUUGCUAUCAUAAAUUCUUUGUGCCUAAAAUAAUAUAGACAUAUAUAUUUCUACUAGGACCUAUUUUCUUCAUUAGGUUUCAUCCAGCAAGUUGAAUGCAAGAGAGUUUGUUGUUCGGCGAAAGUAAAGAUUGCAUGGAUUCUGUUUAAUUCUCUACUCCUAAAUAUGUAAUUGUUGAGAAAGAUGAUUUUGAUUUCAGUUGUGGAUUAAUGAUUGUGAAUUUUAUUCAUGCUGAAUUGUGUGCAUAUCAUCAAUCGGAUGUUAAUUUCUAUCAUAUUUGUGUUUGCUUCAGUUUUUUUCCACGUGGAUUUUAUGAAGAUGAAAUGGAAUGUUUGUUUUGUUUUUCUAUAUGCGUUACACUAUUAGUUAAUUAAGUUGCACCAUUAUUUGUGAUGCCGUACAGUUUAUAUGCAUAUUGGCUCUUCCAAAACUUAUUCAACAGUUUGGUAUAGUGAAUGGAGUCAGAAUUGGAAUGUGGGUUCAAUCGGAGGAUGAACCUAUGAAAUUUUGUACUAAUCUUUGCCAUUCUCAAAUAAUUAGAAAGUUAGAAAAUUGACAAAUGAGACUACCGCUGCAAAUAUGUCAAUUUCAGUAAAAGUCCCGCUACAAUUAACAUUUCAGUUAAAAAAAGCUGAAUACACGUGAGUAACUGCUGCAGCCAGCAAUCGAUUUUUCUUUUUAAUUAAUUCCUGUUAACUUUCUUUCACGUAUUAAUUGUCUAGCAAAUAUUUCCUCUCACAAACAGAUGGAGAAAAUGAACAGAUUACAGAUUCAACUCAUUGCUUCCCUUUUCUCCGUAAACAUUUAUAAUAAUUGUUGGGAUUUGGGGAUGUAAAGUGGAUUUUUAUUUGCGACUUACAUAGGACUCCAUUUGGAGUUUGGAUUUGUAGCUAUGGUCGGAGGCUUUUAUUUUAUAUUUUUUUUAUUUGAUAGCGAUAGGCAAGAAAUAUUACUAGAGAUAGAAGAAGCCCAAGCAAUUAUUUGAUUAUUUAUCUAAUUAUCGUUUCCUUUAUGUUUUGUGUUGGAUUCGUCGAGAAAUUGAACAGUUGAAAAGUUUUGUUCCUUCCUGUUUCCUUCACAAUAUUCUAUCAAGCUAUUGUUAUAAAUCUUUUGAUACUAUCAUCGUAGUGAUAUGGUUGUUAUUUCUAAUGAACCAAGCGAAUUGGAUCAUUAGACAUGAGAUUACACGGGUUGAAUUUGAAGAAAUUGGAUGAGAUGUUGUGGCAGUGGCAUUUGCGAUGUUUCCUUUUGUCGGGUUUUUGCUCGCCAUGGUUCUGUUUUACCCCGGAGUUUCCAUCUUAAAGAAGUAAGAAACUUGUAAGAAAGGUGCAAUGCCGGCUGAAGCUUCUGAAGAACAAAAGGGUUUGUAUUGUGAAUCACUUGAGAGAAGAUGUCUCUGAGCUUCUCAAACACGGACACCAUCUUACCGCCUUCGAAAGGGCUGAGCAGGUUAUCAUGGAUGAGAGUUGGGUUCAAAUAUAUGAUCUUCUCCACCACUUUUCUGAAUUUAUACUUCUUAAUUUUCGUUAUAUUCGUAAGCACAGGAACUGCCCGAAUGAUAUUAAUGAAGCAAUAUCAACUCUGAUCUUCUCAUCAGCAAGAUUCGGACAGUUGCCCGAGCUUGUAUCUAUUCGUAAGCUGUUUGGAGAGCGUUACGGUGACAAAUUCGUAACGACCGCAAUCGAAUUACUUCCCGGAAAUCUUGUGAAUAGUCAGAUAAAAGAGAAGCUUUACAUUAAAAAGGUGUCUGAUGAUGCUAAAUACAAAUUACUGGAUGAAAUAGGUCGUAGUUUCGUUCAGCAUGCUGGACCAUUGUUCCUCGAGUACAAACCCGAGUUGCAAGAAGAUCAGUCUCUCGAGAAAGCAACCAAAGGUGAAGUUGAGCUUUAUAUCGAGAGAGAGGCACACGGCAAUAUUACGUAUACGGAUUCGUAUACAAAACCGAUGAAAGAAGAAUCUCUUGCACUGGGAAAAGAGCUCGUUCUUUCGACUCCAAUCCAAGUUUCCGAUCUUCAUACGCAAGAACGUAUAAUGUCUGCAGAAUGCAAUGAGUCUAGUUCGGAAAGUUCAGUCGAAUUGCCUGAUCGGGAAAUAGUGUACCUCGAUGAUAUUGAGGAGUUUAUUUCACCUGUGAGCAAAGAUGGGAAUCUCCAAGACCAGAGAUUAUUCGUGUUCAAAUCAUUCGGGAUUGGCUUAAAGGAGAAAACAGAUUACGGAAUCGAGGAACAAAGGCUUUACCAAGAGGAAUUGAUAUCAAGAAAGAAAAAAGCAAGCACAAAAGCAAGAACAAGAAGAAGUUCGUUAUCCCGAGAAAAUCAUAAUAUCGCAGAUAUUGAAAGCGCAACGUACUACGGCGUAUCAAACAAGAUCAGGAGCAAGAUUUUAUUGCGCGAAAGCCAAAAGUCAGAUGGUUACUUGUAUCAUUGUAGAGAUGAAAACGAGAGAGAGGAUGAAAACGGAGGUCUACAAUUGUGUAAGUAUUCUCACACGAAUGAACGAGGAAAUAACGGGAAACGAGAAUUGAUUGAGGUACCUCGGUUACGGGGUUUGACUCUGCCAGUUGAAAGGCCGAAACAGAGUAGUGUUAUUCCAGCAGACAACAUUUACAGAUCAAAAUCGUAUCCGUUUGAAUUAUCAAACUCGUCGUGUAAACAUAUACACCCGAAGCUACCGGAUUACGACGAACUAGCUGCCAAGUUCAUGGAGCUCAAGAGAGCAAACCUUCAGCGUAAACAUCAACAGUUGAACAAUGCAUAGACGUAGUCGACGAUUUGUUUAUUUUUUAUUUUUUGCCAGCAGGGAUUUAAUUAAAAUUCUUUUUGUAGGGAUUUUUUAUUUUUAUUUUUUAGUUUCAUUUGGUGAAUAGCUGAAUUGAUGGAUCAUGAAAUUUAGUUCAUUAGAUUUAUUUUAUUUGGAUUGGAUUUUAUUUCGUUUUAUGGAAUACUUUAUUAUCAAAACAGAAUGGAAGAUUUGUUGCUAUUUGCAUCAAUUCAAUGAUUUUAUAAUUUAUUUAUAGAUUCUUAGUUUAAUAC